UUAAAACAUACAUUCCUUAUAGGAUUGUCAGGAAUAGCCUUAACCGGAUUACCAAUUCCAGUUAUGAAUAAUUUUUAUUCUGCAUUUUGCUGCUCUUUAACAUAUGUUAUAUUUGGAACUUCGCAACAUAUGUCUAUUGGUUCUUUCAGCAUUCUGAAUGCAAUGGCAGCAAAUUUUCAGAAUAGUCUUAAUUUCAAUAUUAAAUUACCAACUAAUGUGACUCUGGCCAACAUUUCUGCUGAAAAUUUUAUGCGGAAUUAUAUGGAAGCAAUAACUUAUACUGCAUCUACAACAUUUUUAGUUGGGAUUAUUCAGCUACUUUUGGGCAUCAUUGGCUUGGGAUUUGUCACAACAUAUGUCUCAGAGAGUCUCAUGAAUGCUUACCUUACAGCAGCAGCAUUACAUGUGAUUAUAUCACAGUUCUCUUUCAUCUUUGGAAUUGUAAUUGACUUUCAUUCAGGACCAUUGGCAUUUUUUUAUAAUUUGGUAUACUACUGCAUGGGUCUCCCUAAAGCAAAUUCCACCAGUAUCCUGCUGUUCUUGCUUUCUUUACUAAUGCUGAGGGUCAGCAAAUGCAUUAAAAUAACCUAUAAACACUAUCCUGUUGAGUUUCCAAUGGAGCUUUUUUUGAUUAUUAUAUCUGCAAUACUUUCUACCCACACACAUCUAUAUGCUGAAUCCAGUCAGGGAGUUUUUACAAUGACUCCCCACAGGUUUCUGAAUCCUACACUACCUGACUUCUCAAAAAUGAACAGAAUUGUAUUACACGCUUCAUCUCUGGCAAUAGUGAGCUAUUUCCUUCUGAUUUUUGUGGGAAAGAAGUAUGCAAGUAUUCACAACUAUCACAUCAGACACACUCAGCUUGCAGCUCUGAUUGGAGUCUCCAUAAUGCUGGUGAUAGCACUAAAAUUGGGGCAUUACUUCCAGACUCUUCCAAAUGCUGUUUUAGCUGCCAUUGUACUGGUCAACAUGUUCCCAUUUCUUGAAAAAUUUAUGGAUGUCCCUUACCUGUGGAAACAAGAUAAAUAUGAUUUUGGAAUUUGGAUUGUGACCUUUAUGGUUGUCCUCUGCCUUGGUCUGGAUAUUGGCUUAGGAAUUGCUUUGGGAUUUGCCUUUUUUAUAAUAAGUGUCAGAUCACACAGAAUGAAAAUGAUGACAUUGGGUCAGAUUCCAAACACCAAUAUUUAUCGCAGUUUCUCUGACUACAAUGAGGCCAUGGAGGUUCAGGGUGUGAAAAUAUUCCAGUGCUGUGCUUCUAUCUCAUUUGCAAACAUGAAACAUUUCAAAGCCUACAUUUUAAAAAAGAUGGAUAUGAAGGCGGUGCCCCUGGAUGAAAAUGAGAUGCGAGCCUUGAUCUCAGUCAGUAUGUCCAGUGUUAAAGGACAGAACAAGGACUUAAACUGUACCUGUGUUUGUGAUCCACCUGAACCACUACCCAGGGUACCUUACAGAGAGAAACUUCUAAAGCGAAUUCAUACUGCUAAUGAAUCAUUUUCUGCUUCUUCUUUGGCCUUGGUACGUUGGACAAGAAAUGAGAGUAGAUAUUCUUCUGAUGUACAAUACAUCCAAUCCCCAGCAAGAGAAAGGGCAUAUGAGUAUGCAAAGAGGAAAGAAGAUCUGAAUAAAAUGUGGUUUUGUUCAGAACCUCCUUUAACAAGAUCUACAACUCAGUUGUACACACUUAACUCAGAGUGUGCAAUGCAUGUGAUUCACACUAUUGUUUUAGACUUCAGCAUGGUGCACUUUGUUGAUUUACAAGCUUCUUGUUUAUUACGGGAGCUCUGUCAUGUCUUUCAGAACAUCGGAAUCACAGUCCUGAUAGCUGCCUGCCAUCCCACUGUAAUAAAAACUUUUGAAAAGCAUGAUUUCUUUGACCAGUGUGUUACUAAAGCCCGGUUCUUUCCUACUCUGCAUGAUGCAAUACUCUUUGCUAUGGAGCCAAAUCUCUUCGAAGAGAUUGUUCCAGUGGAAGCCCAGAAUGCAACACCUGUGGAAAUGUUAGCAGAAGUGCAUUUAGAUGAUGAAAAGGAUGUAAGAAGCUACCGGUCUGGGAGAAGUAAGCAAUCAGAUAGGAAGAGUCAGCAGUCCAAUGGGAUCAGAGACAGCCCUUCACCCAAAACUGUCCGAAGUGAAACAUACAUUGAUGAGCCCAUUUCUGAUCUUUUCCGCACAUUUUCUCUCCAGAGUGACUUGGGGGGUGCCUCUCAUCAUCCUGUUGAAACAUCUCCCCUUGAGGACAAUGAAGAUGAUCAAGAAUGGGAAGGAAAAUGGAAUUAUUCCAGAGAUGCAUAAAUUAUGAGAUCCAUUCAGAUUAGCUAAAUAAGCAGUGGCAAAAAUAUGAUGCAGUUCAUCUGGACCAUUUUUCCUCCUUGCAGCCCCCUGGGCUUUUAAAGUAAUAUCCUGGGUUAAAUCAUUAGCCCUUUUUUUGUUGACAUUAAUGCAAAAUGAUACAACAUUUAUAGAACUGAUAAUCCAUUGAGAGAGAGAAUAUAUAUUUUCUUUAAAAAUGUAGCCUUUUGACUAGACAAUGAAAUUGGCUGUAAAGCUAUAAAUGUGAAAAUAAUUUAUUAUUUAAUUGAUUAAUUCCCAGUUUUUUUUUUACUGUGUAUCUUCCCAUAAGAAAUUUCUUAUUUAACUGCAUAUGGUUUGCAGUCUUAAUAACAGGGCUUAGAUAAUAGAUUGUGAAAGUAUAGACGCAGCCAUAUUUUAGACUCCAGUAUAUAGACACCUGGGAUCUGAUAUGCAAAUAUGAUUAUUCUCCAAGGCAGUAUAUUUAGGUCAGCUUCAAGGAAUAUUUUUAUGACUACAUUCAUGAAUACCAUAAUUCAUAUUUUUACACACUGCAUUUCUUACAUUGAAGCCUGUUUCAAAUCCAAUAGGCUGAAAGCUACCUAUAAAUGUUAUUUAAAGUAACAUACCCCCUCUUCUCCCAACACAGUUUUCACCAUGGAUAUAAUCUAGCACACUUCACUGAUGAUAUGGUUGCUGAUGCAAUCAAGGAUGGGAACUGUCCAGCUCUUACUGAUCAUCUUGGCUCCUGCAGACAAAUUCCCUUCCCUUGAUUGCUAGGAACUGUCCUCCGUGUCAUUUUGGCUUUAGAUGCAAAGGAGAUUAGACAUAUGUCUUUCAGAGAGGCAUCUGUAUGUGCAAUACCUGAUCAGCACUUUCCAAAGCCAUUGUCAAAUCUUAUGUGGGCUCCUUAUAAACACAAGUUUAGCAUUCUUUGGAAGGUGACUAGUCCUGUACUGUAUAGGAGGUUGAUUUAACUGGGAAAGAGAGCUGUGUUCUGCCAUAUGUUUAUUGCUGUUAACAACAUAAGCAGUGCCCUGCCGGAUUGGACCCUUGGCCCACCUACUGUUCUUACAGUGGCAACCAACUGUACAAGGAAGCCCACUGAGCCACCAGUGAGUACAUUACAGAUUCUUUGCUGCUUCAGCAAACAAGAGGCCUCACACAGUCAUAACUGUAUUGUUUUUAUUACUUUAGUGAGAGGGGGCAGUGUAAUUUUGUCUAUUCCAUUCCAACUCUACAGCUAUCCACCAACUACUUCCAGGUACUGCUAGCCACAAAAACAAAAGUAGACUUGCUGCCAGCACUGCCAUUGCCUUGCAGCACUAGACAAGGCUGAAGCUCACAUGUUAUCAGUCAUUCCCUCCUGCUUCACAAUAUUUGUCAGCCAGGCUUUUUUGGACAUGGGUUUAGUCCUCUUCCAGAAGAAAGCUAGAUCUGUGUUUGGAAAUAACCCAACUGACACAAGCAUGAAUAACCUCCAAGCCUGAAACCUAACAGUAAGACAACUUGACAGAUCACUGAAUACACAUUCCAAGCCCCAACCUACAAUUACCCAACUCUGCCCUGCAUAGGAGACUGAUUAUUGUUUUUCUGCUAGCGGGUAACACUUGGAGGGAGAGGAAGCAAAACCAGGAAAAGCCACCAAUCAGUUUCCUUUGGUUUCACAUUAAAACGGUCAGGAUAGCAUAAGUCACUGGCCUUGUGACUGUGUUACAACAGGGUAUGGCAAUCAGGGCACCACAUUUUAUCCUGACAUACUCUUCUGCUCGCUUACAGUUUGGUAGAUAGCGUUGCAAUGUGUCCUUGGAGUGUUAUCUAAACUAUUCAAUUAUAUAAAAUAUGAUUUUUGUAUCUUGUAUGUGAUUCUGGCUAAUUGUUUGUUCAAUAAUCCAUGGUUAAGUAAGCUAUGGCUUAGAGCACUAGAUGAACUAGGUUAUACACUAGUAAAGUUCUGCUGCGUUCACAGGUGAUAAUUCUUUGAUUGCACAUAUCACCUUCCCAUUUGUAUACAUCAAUUAAAAUGAAAAACAAACAUAUGAAACAAUAUAAAAACUACUAAUAUUUAAGACAAAAAUUCCUUAGGACAUAGUCCAACACUUAGUAUUUCACUUUUGGGGAACCAUACAAGGAGCAUUGGGCUU